UGUGUAUCUUUUAAAUUUUGUGAAUCACAGCAUAAUCCAAAUUUUUUAGAAAAUCGUCAUGUUAUUGUACACUUAUUUGAAUGGAAAUUUAGUGAUAUUGCUAACGAAUGUGAACAAUAUUUAGGUCCAAAAGGAUAUGGUGGAAUACAGCUAUCACCUGUUAAUGAAAAUCUCAUAAAAAAAGAAAUUUAUGGUCGUCCAUGGUGGGAAAGAUAUCAACCAAUAUCUUAUUUAAUACAAACACGUUCCGGUAAUGAAGAAGAUUUUUUAAAUAUGUCAAAACGAUGUAACGAUGCUGGCGUUCGAAUAUAUGUUGAUGUUGUAUUUAAUCAUAUGGCAGCUGGACAUGGCAAACCUACAGAAGAAAUGUUAGGUACAGCUGGAUCAAAAGCAAAUGCAACAAUACGUGAUUAUCCCGGUGUACCUUACGUUAAUGAAGAAUUUCAUUCUGAGUGUAUUAUUUCUGAUUAUACUGAUGGUAAUGAUGUACGUAAUUGUCAACUUGGUACGUUACCAGAUUUAAAUCAAUCAAUUGAAAGUGUUAGAAUGAAAAUUGUUAAUUUUUUAAAUCAUUUAAUUGAUUUGGGUGCUGCUGGAUUUCGUAUUGAUGCUGCAAAACAUAUGUGGCCAAUGGAUGUUAAGGCUAUUUUAGAGAAUGUAAAAAAUUUGAAUAUAGAAUUUAACUUUCCACCAAAUUCGAGACCAUUUUUCUAUCAGGAAGUCAUCGAUUUGGGUGGAGAAGCUGUUUCUAAAACUGAAUAUAAUAGUUUUGGUGUUGUUACUGAAUUUUUAUAUUCAAAGGAAAUUGGUGAAAUUUUUAAUGGUAAAAAGUCAUUAAGUACUCUAAUAAACUGGGGUCCGACAAUAGGUUUUCUACCACAUUCAGAUGCAUUAGUUUUUAUUGAUAAUCAUGAUAAUCAGAGGGGUCACGGAGCUGGUGGUGAAUUGAUUUUAACACAUAAAAAACCUAAAAAAUAUAUAAUGGCUACUGCAUUUAUGUUAUCACAUCCAUAUGGUAUUAAACGAAUUAUGAGUUCAUAUCAAUUUAAUAGUACAGAUCAAGGACCGCCAGCCGAUGAAAAUGAUAAUAUAUUAUCACCAAUUUUUGAUAAUAAAACUGAAGAAUGCUUAGCUUAUGAUAAAGAAAAUAACGUGUCAUGGAUAUGUGAGCAUAGAUGGCAAUCUAUUGUUAAUAUGGUUGAAUUUUUAAAAAUUGUUGAAGGACAACCUAUUAGUAAUUGGCAAGAUAAUGGACCAAAUCAAAUUGCUUUUUGUCGUGGUAAUAAAGGAUUUAUUGCUUUCAAUAAUGAUCCCUUUCUUGAUUAUAAAACAAAAGUAGUUGCAUGUUUAAAACCUGGAGAAUAUUGUGAUAUAAUUAGUGGUAAAAUAAUAGAUGAAAAUCGUAAUGAUCAAAAUACUAAUGGUGAAAAUAUUUUAAAUGAAAAUAACACUACAAGUCCCAAUAAUCAAAAUAAUAACAGUAAUAAUAAUAAUAAAGAAAUCAAUGAAAAUAAAAAAUGCUCGGGUGAAAAAUUAAUUAUAGAUGCUGAUGGUUAUGCAAAUAUUAAUAUACCCUUUAAUGGGAAGCAUGGCGUUAUUGCUAUACAUGAAAAUUCUAAUAUAAAAGAACUAUAAAAUUUAGUUUGUAAAUGGUUUUUUUUUUGGAUUUUUCUCAUCAUUAUGGAAAAUUGUGGUCCUUUGGAAUUUUAAAAGAAA